GGUUGGAGUGUUUGGAAAAAGUGAAGUCAGGCCAAAGUUUUAAUAGAAAUAUCAGAACGCGUUCUGUACAUCAAUAUCAACAGUAAAAGCCGAUAAAUCAGUGCGGUCGUGCGUCUUCAUAUGCAAACAUAUACACAAAGGACUCGAGGGAGGAGAUGAUUUCGCUCACAAAUUAAAGUAUUUAGAGCUAGCUUGCUAGCUAAAGAGAACGAAAAGGAGCGUGGCUGGCCAUGGCUCAGGAGUCGGGGGUGCAGUAUGAGCCCGUGGCAGAGAUCGGUGGAGGGGCCUACGGCACAGUGUACAAGGCUCGGGACAGGCAGAGCGGGCAGUUUGUGGCACUGAAGAGUGUUCGUGUCCAGACCGACCAGGAUGGUCUCCCCCUCUCUACGGUCAGAGAGGUGGCUCUGCUGAAGAGGCUGGAGCAGUUUGACCAUCCCAAUGUCGUCAAGCUGAUGGAUGUCUGCGCCACGCUGCGGACAGACCAGGAGACCAAGGUGACCCUUGUGUUCGAACACGUGGAUCAGGACCUGAAGACAUACCUGAACAAGGCACCAGCACCAGGACUCCCCGCAAGCCAAAUCCAGGACUUGAUGCGUCAGUUGUUGUGUGGCCUGGCCUUCCUUCACUCCAACCGCAUAGUCCACCGUGACCUGAAGCCGGAGAACAUCCUGGUGACAAGCCGUGGCCAGGUCAAGCUGGCCGAUUUCGGGCUUGCACGAAUUUACAGCUGUCACAUGGCCCUCACUCCUGUGGUGGUCACCCUGUGGUACCGUGCCCCCGAGGUGCUGCUGCAGUCCACCUACGCCACCCCCGUGGAUAUCUGGAGCACUGGAUGCAUCUUUGCUGAGAUGUUCCGCCGCAAGCCAUUAUUCUCUGGUGAAUCUGAAGUGGACCAGCUGGGGAAGAUUUUCCAAGUGAUUGGUCUGCCAGCAGAGGAGGAGUGGCCUGCCGAUGUCAAGCUGAAGCAGCACAACUUCAGCCAGCUCAGCUCUCACGGCCCCUGUCCAAUCACAGAACUGGUUCCUGAGAUCAGCCACCAGGGGGCGGAGUUGCUGCUGGAGAUGCUGACCUUUGACCCCCUACGAAGAAUCUCAGCCCUCAAUGCUUUGGAUCAUCCGUAUUUCCAGGAGGGGUGAUUGGGGGGGUGGUUGUGGGGGAGUUAGUGGGGGGUGGAUAUGGGACCAAGGCCCCCCACUAGCGGGGCAGAGGGUUGGAGAAGCAAGUCGACAAAAGGACAAAGAGAAAAGAAGGGGACUUCAGCUCUGGGCGUGGUAUUGAGGCAGCGGCAUCCAAACACCUAUAAUCGAGCAAUGUAUCACGUCUUUGUUGCACCUCUGGCCAUUCUCUGGCUGCAGCAAAACCUGCAGGGGCUGAAAUGAUGCUUUGUCACCAAGGGAAUCUUUUUUUGAGGAUGGGGAGUUACAGGAUGCUGGGAAGGAAAAUGGCCGAUACUCAUGAGAGGCAGAAGUUGCCCAAAGGUGCCGAUCUAGGACCUGAUACCCCCAACCAGAAUUCUAACCAUAACCACAAUAAGCUCAGUAGCAAAAACAGGUCCUGGACCAGCGCUCAAGGGUUAACUUAUGUGAGAUUGGGACCAAUUGACAUUUGGGAGCAAGGUGCUUAAUCCCAAAGUGAAAUAAGCAACCAGCCACUGAGUGCCAUUAACUGUCCUCAGUUGUACUUUUAAUAUAUAUUGUAUUCUGUAUGUGUAUCAGUUGAAAUAAUUGUGAGCGGCAUUAAUUGGGUCUCAGAAAUAGGUCAGUGGUUUUAGUAAGUGGGAACCUGUCUUGCCUUUGUUGGUCACAUACACUAAUGGCUUUGUGAAAAUUUAGCCAAAGAAUGUGUUGCUGCGUAGAGCAUUGAUUCUGGCUGCGUUCCUGCCUCUCAUUCCAGUCAUAACUUGGAAGUGGUCCCUUACACGCUGCUCAGUCUCUGUCGCUAACCAAAAUGGAUACUGGUAUAAGUACCAUGUGAGUACUGUAAUGCAUGUAUUAAUAUUUUAUUAAUAAAUGCUGCUUUGUGUCAGUGCUGGAGUUGUGUAAUGAUCGCUCCUGGGGGGUGAGGAGGACAUGGGGUCAUUUUGAACCCUUCCGCCCCACUUUUGUGGGAAAUCUGUUAAAGGGAAUGUUCGAAUAAAAUGAA